UGUUGGAAUGUCUCAGCGCUCGCCGGUGCGUUUCUGUCGCCUGCGUGAUAUGGCAGUGGAGUUCACUGAGGUUCCUGGCCCAGCCCCCCACCACCUUCUCCUGAGUCCCGAGCGAGCGAGCGAGAGGCACAGAGCGCAGUCACCCUGCAGCGGAGAGCGAGCGCCAACGGGGCAGCGACCUCAUCCCCAUCCCGCUCGACUGCCGCCGGCCGCCGGCCGCUCCCACCAGGGUGCGCCUCCUCUCCGCUCCCCUUCCAAGGAGCGCUGCAGGCCGCUCUGUUGGAUCUCCUUCCACGAGCAAGCACGCGCCGACCCGGGUGGCCGCUGCUCCCGAGGAGCUGGACUGAUUACCAUGGGUUCUGUUGGUACUGGAUUGCUGAAGGGCUUGAGGAGAGUCUUAGAGCAGCAAAGAAAAUCAGUUGACUUAUGCAGAACAUCACGAGCUUGGAGUUCUACAGUUUCUUUCUCUGACAUUGAUGAGAAGGAUGACAUGGGUGAUGAUGGCGAUUUGAAAGAUUCAAGGAGAGAGUUAGAACCCCAAAGUGUGGACCCCAAGAAGGGCUGGGGAUUCCGUGGCGUUCAUAGGGCUAUAAUAUGUGGUAAAGUUGGACAAGCGCCUGUGCAGAAAAUUUUACGUAAUGGGCGGACGGUAACUAUAUUCACUAUUGGAACUGGUGGCAUGUUUGACCAGAGGGUCAUUGGGUCUGCGGAUACACCAAAGCCGGCUCAGUGGCAUCGCAUAGCUGUUCAUAGCGAGCAUCUAGGUGCUUAUGCUGUUCAGAAGUUGGUGAAAAACUCUGCGGUAUAUAUUGAGGGUGAUAUCGAAACCAGGAUCUACAAUGAUGGAAUUGAUGGUCAAGUCAGGAAUAUACCGGAGAUCUGUAUUCGGGGUGAUGGUAAGAUUCGUCUGGUUAAAUCUGGGGAGAGUGCUGCUAACAUAUCACUAGAUGAGCUGAGAGACGGAUUGUUCUAGUUAAAGCUAUCGAUGUCAGCACAAGCAGGUCAUAACUCGUAACUAGCGGCGGGUUAAGUCGAGAAUAAGGCGCUGCUUUGUUGAAGCCUUGAAGCAUGACAUGGAUAUUUGUUGCUCCUUUCGUCCCAUAAUAAACACCUUAUAUUAUGGGGCGCACCUUAUAUUAUGGGGCGGAGGGAAUACAUCUCAAUCUUGGCAGAAGCAGUUAAAUUUACCAGUGGAUGCAUGUAAGCCUUCCCGGAACCCGCUCGUGUGUUUUACCAUGUUGCGGAUGCUGAUGGACGAACUGUUUUACGACGGUUGACGAUGACAUGAUGUGCUGAAUGAUUGUUCAAGAUAAGGCAUGGUAGAACAGCGUA